UGAGAGAGAGAGAGAGAGAGAGAGAGAGACUUUCCGCUUCUCUAACGAGAGAAACCCUGCGCGUUCGUGAGUACGAGCGGUUUUGCGCGCCCUCGUUUGAAUACCGGCUCGAGCCGGUAAAGAGCUGUCAAAGCAGGCAGGAAAUCAUCCAGUGAAGACAAAAGAUGCCGCUGCCUGUGAUCUGUGCCACAGAGAAAACAGGCCGCAGCGACUCUUCUAAUUGUCCAUUUUUUUCGCAUUAGAAGCAAGUGACCUAGGAUAUCACAAUAAAUCAUUAUUGCUGUCUCCAGCCAAAUAGGCUUAUAUCUUUUUAUACGCUGCGUUUAAAGGCUCAACGAGAUGAGGACGAAGUAGAGAAGCCGGCUCGUUCCCACCGGAAGCCUGUUUUAGCCACCCCGCGUCAACUGCUCCGGUAGCCGGCUCUCGCCAUGAGGGUUCCCUAUUCCCAGCGUUGUUUGGGUCCUAAGGUUUACCCAGAAGUGCCUGAUGGCGGCUGGGGCUGGGCCGUGGCUGCGGCCUUCUUCUUGGUGGAGGUCUGCACCUACGGCACCCUCAAGAGCCUGGGCGUCUUCCUCCAGGACCUGAUGGAAGAGUUCGGAGAGAGCAACAGCCGAGUGUCAUGGGUCAUCUCCAUUUGCGUCUUCAUCUUUACCUUCACCGCCCCCCUGUCCAUCAUGCUGAGCAACCGUUUUGGCUAUCGUCCUGUGGUGAUGAUAGGAGGCUUCCUCAUCAGUCUGGGAACCAUCACCUCCGCUUUCACCAAUUCCAUCAACGAGAUGUACAUCACCAUUGGCCUUGUCUCAGGCCUGGGCUACUGCCUCACUUUCCUCCCCACCGUCACCAUCUUAGCCCAGUAUUUCUCCAGACGGCGAGCCCUCGUCACCUCUGUCGCUUCCUCUGGAGAAUCCUUCGCCAUAUUCGCAUUUGCUCCAGCCUUCACCACACUUAAAGAACACAUUGGUUGGCGCUACUGUCUGGUUAUUCUUGGCACCAUUCAGGCUUCUGUGAUUGGAUGUGGGCUUCUCCUAUGUCCAAUCAUCAUUGAGCCAAAACUUGUAAAGGAGGACAGUGAAGCGGACAAAGACUCUCUCUCUCUGAAGCAGACGGCUUACAAGCUUGAGAACGAACAAACCAGAACCUCCAUCAGUUCCACAGUCUCCCGAGGUUCGGAGGACUCAGGCGUUACCUCGCUCUCCGCUUCAAACGUUGACCUCAGGUCUGCGGGGGCAGAAAGCAAGGCCCUGAUGCAGUGGGGAGUGCAGGACAAAGAGGCAGAGGUGGAGGCGGGUCCUCUCAACCCUUCAAGCCCCAAACUCAUGGACUUCUCUGUGCUAAAAGAUGCUGCCUUCAUCUGGUACUCCCUCUUUGGCCUGUUUGCCACGCUGGGCUUUUUUGCCCCGCAGCUCUACAUCAUCGAACUGAGCAAAAGCCGUGGCGUGGAGCCCAGCAUGGCCUCCUAUAUGCUCUCUGUGAUGGCCGUGGCUGAGAUCUUCGGUCGCUUGUCCAUCGGGGUGGUGUUGAACAAAGUCCGCUGCAGGAAGACAAUGGUGUUGUUGGGGUGUGUGGUUCUACUGUGCCUGGUUCUGGUGGCCUUUACAAUAGUGUGGGAGUUCUGGGGCCUGGUGGUCUGCUGCGCCCUCUACGGCUACUUCAUGGGCACCGUGGGCUCCAUACACAUCCCCAUGCUGGCUGAGGAGGACGUGGUGGGCAUUCAGAGGAUGGCGUCAUCUGUAGGAGUGUAUGUCUUCAUCCAGAGCUUCGCUGGGCUGGCCGGACCGCCACUAGGAGGUGUGUUGGUGGAUGUCACACAGAACUACGGUGCUGCCUUCUACUCCUGCGCGGUGGGCAUGGGGCUCAGUGCCAUAUGCCUGGCUCUGGUCGGCCCCGCCAAAUCCGGCAUGUGCCAAAGACAGAGCAGAAACAUAGACGAAGGCAGGAGCACAGAGGAAGAGGAGAAAAUGUCACAGGACAGCAACCAGACCUUUUUGGAGGUGGACCUAGCACCUGAGGACAGUCCUAUUAGACAAGCCCUGGAUCAAGACAACGCCUCUGUAAUAUAAACCCAACCUCAGCGUGACAUCACCUCUUUACUAAAGACAAGGAGGUCAACACGCUAAUACAGAUGCACUUGGUAAGGCUACAGUGUCAUCGACACCCACAAACUUUACAGAUGCUGCUGGUUGCAAAUUUCAGGUGCCACGUACUCACUUUCUGACCAGCUUGAACUUCACUACUUCCCUGGAAGGAGGCUGUCGCUCCUCUGAGACCAAAGACACAACCGCGUUGUUAGCUUCUUAACAACGCCCCACAAAGCUUUCACAAUCCAUUCUAGCAUUUCUAGUUCAUGUUCAGUUUAGGUUGCAGUGCUGCUAUCUCAGGAAAGAAGUAUAGUUGUCAUGGUGAUCGAGGCAUCAUGGGUAUGGCAGAUACCACAAUUACACCUGGUAUUAAAUUGUGUUUUGUAACCAGAUUGUAUCUAGAUAAGUUGGACCUGAUUACAUUUACACCUGGUGUUGAUGUGUAUCCAGUGUCCACAUGAUCUCUGACCUGCUCACGUCACAUCAACAAACAAAAAAAGAGACAGAAGAGGAAGACGCUGUCCACACGUGAAGCUGUGUCAUUGUGUUUUCCUGCUUUUCGAUCGGUCUCAUCUUCAGUCCAUCCAAAGGCGUCUCGAACAACAUGAGAACUGAGGGGCUUCCUGUGUUCACUGGCUAACGACUGCUAGCUGCCUUACUGCUGCGACCUGUCGGACCAGUCAUAUUGUUGUGUGUGAAUUGUGUUCUAUCCAAAAACAGUCCAAUUACCCAAAAUAAGUUGUAAUGCCAGGUGUACAUGGGAUACUUUGUAUGAGAAGCUCCCUCUCUCAUAUAACGCUGAUUCCUCAAACAUGACACAGUCACUUCUUCAGCAAAGUGUGGAGAGGGAGACACACACCUCAUGGCUUUAAAAUAUACCCCCCCCCCCCCAGAAAAAUAAGGAACACUUGACAAUCUGCCUUUUAUGCACCAGAUGCAUGGAGAGUGAUCGGCUAAAGCUGGACAAGAACAGGUCAUCGUGUCAUCUGUACAUACUGCAGGUCUAGUUCAUGUAUUGAUAUUUAAUUUCUUACACUAUGAUAACAACAGCAAUACUGCAGCAGUGUUCACUGGUGGUUGAGGAUCUGUGAUACUGGAGGUGUCAGCCUCCACUUGACUUCCUUGCUCCUGUGCUGCUUGAGGUGAAAGCAUUGCCUGUAUAUAUACUGUCAUGUUAUCAUGAUCCUUUCAAUGUACUGUAGAAUGACCUUGUUAAGUAUAUUUGCACGCAGCCUGAAUGGGAGGGUGAUAAUAUAGCAGAACCUUGGGGGUUUACAGUGAUUUUUUUCCCUAUCAGUGCCACAAGUAGAUGAACACAAUGUGCACAUGUCAAAUUGUAGAAGUAGAGAUGGCCAUUUAUGUAGUAUUUGUAUGCAAAGGUGUGAAGGAGGCAUUUGACAGGAGUGAGAGCGUCCACACCCACCUUCACAUGACUUGAAUUACUCUGUCACCUUUAUUUAAAAAUAAUUACGGUUUGAUGUUCUUUUUUUUUUUAUUUAACUUUUUUUGCCAGGCAGGUUCCUGUCUGUAAAAGUGCUGCACAAGUGCAAAUUUUUAAAAUAAAAUCUCCUCCAAACUCUGA